UCACCGAUCGGCUAAAAACAAUAACAAAAACACAUGCUGGCAAUCGAAGAUAAUUUAAAGUUCGAAUCAAUAUUCUGGUCCACGACUUAUAUUUAAUUUAAUUUCAAUAAAGUGAAAAGGUAUUUAUAUUGUUUUCAGCUGAUUUCGCUGUUUUUACUAGCUUUUAACAACGUAAUUGCCAUGAAUCCAUGUCGAGUUAGCACACCGAAUAAGUUCCGAUCGCUGCUGAAGGUAACCUCGUUAGGUGCCCUAACGUUUAGCGCAAUCUGUCUCUACAAAGGCAAUGAAAAAUUCUACGAAAGCAUAUUUAUGCCCAUGGUUAGGCUAAUCCCGCCGGAGACGGCCCACCAACUGGCGGUGCUCGGCAUAAAGUUAGAUCUGGUACGGCCUACCUACCAGGAUCCGGACACGUUGCGCACUCGACUGCUCGGAAUGACAGUCAGCAAUCCCGUUGGGAUAGCGGCCGGGUUCGAUAAGCACGGUGAAGCGGUCGAUGGAUUGCAACGGAUUGGGUUCGGAUUCGUGGAAAUUGGCUCGGUCACACCGAAACCACAACCGGGAAAUCCGCGACCGCGCGUUUUUCGCUUGAAUGAGGACAAAGCAAUUGUGAAUCGGUAUGGAUUUAAUAGCGAAGGUCAUGAUGUUGUUUACGAACGAUUGAAGAAAAUGCGCGAAGAAUCUCAGAACCGAGUUAUACUGGGAAUAAAUUUAGGAAGAAACAAGCAUUCACCUGAUGCAUAUAACGACUAUAUCCAGGGCAUAAAGAAAUUCAGUUGCUUAGCGGACUACCUCGUCAUAAAUAUAAGCAGUCCGAACACGCCUGGCUUGAGGGCAAUGCAGAACAAGACCACCCUACAAGUAUUGCUAAGCGAAGUUCUGAAGGCGCGGAGCACGCUACCCCCGGAAGAUCAACGCCCGAUUCUAGUGAAAUUUGCGCCUGAUCUGGAUGAUGAGGACGUGCAAGAAAUUGUAACCGUCGUAACUAAGAAGGAGUUCGCCAUAGAUGGUGUUAUAGUUUCCAAUACUACAAUUGAUCGACCACCUAGCUUGAAGAGCAUCAAUGCCGGCCAGCUAGGUGGUUUGAGCGGAGCCCCGUUAUCCCAAAGGACGACCCGGUUAAUUGCGAAGGUUUAUAAGUGGACCGAUGGUAAAAUACCGAUUAUCGGGGUUGGGGGUAUCUUCACCGGGCAGGAUGCCUAUGAGAAGAUCUUGGCCGGUGCUAGUGCUGUUCAGUUGUACACAGCGUUCAUAUUCCAUGGACCACCGGUAGUGAUGAGAGUGAAACAGGAGCUUGAUCAGAUACUAAGAGAAAACGGCUAUAAAAGUGUUGAAGAGGCUGUUGGAAAAAAUUACGAGAAAUUCUUGUAACGUUUAUUCUAAUGAACGUGAGCAAUUUUGAAAAAACCAUCGUAAGUAUAAAUCAAAGUUUGCUAAAUAUGUAAUAAAAUCAAAUUGAUUGUUA